AUGGCGAGCUCUAAAUCUGCGAGUAAGAGUGUUCUUAUGCUAUGCGGCGAUUACAUGGAAGAUUGGGAAGUGAUGGUUCCAUUUCAAGCAUUACAAGCAUAUAGAAUAUCAGUAGACGCUGUUUGUCCUGGCAAGAAAGCUGGUGAUAUUUGUACCACUGCUGUUCAACAGGAAUCGUAUCAAUAUCAGACCUACUCUGAGGCAAGAGGUCACAAUUUUGUCUUGAAUGCGACUUUUGAUGAGAUUGAAGCUGACAAGUACGAUGGGCUGCUGGUACCUGGAGGACGUGCUCCAGAAUAUCUAGCAACGGAUAAAUCUGUGCUGGAAUUGGUGAAAGUGUUUUCCAGGUCUGGAAAGCCAAUUGGUGCUAUUUGCCAUGGCCAGUUAAUUUUAGCAGCUGCAGAUAUAAUUAAAGGCCGAAAAUGCACUGGAUACAUCACUUUGAAACCAUUACUCAGUGCCGCGGGUGGUCAUUGGGUGGAAGCAGAUACCUUGGCUAAAUGCACUGCCGAUGGAAAUAUCAUCACGGCGGCUACAUAUUAUGGCCAUGCAGAGUACCUCCACCAUUUCAUCAAGGCACUAGGAGGCACUAUAACUGGCUCAAACAAAAGGAUUCUGUUCCUCUGCGGGGAUUACAUGGAAGACUACCAAGUCGGAGUUCCUUUUCAGGCCCUUCAAGCUAUUGGUUGUCAUGUCGAUGCAGUCUGUCCCCAGAAGGCGGCGGGUGAAAAAUGUGUCACAGCUGUCCACGAUUUUGAGGGUGCCCAAACUUAUAGUGAGAAACUAGGUCGCCUUUUCAAGCUAACAGCCAGCUAUGAAGGCCUUGAUGCUUCAAGCUAUGAUGCUCUUGUCAUUCCUGGAGGCAGAGCAGCAGAAUACUUGGCUUUAGAUGAGACUGUCAUCAAACUGGUGAAGGACUUUAUGGAAGCCGGAAAGCCAGUAGCAUCCAUCUGCCAGGGGCAACAAAUUUUGGCAGCCGCCGGUGUCCUCAAGGGCAAGAAAUGCACUGCAUACCCUGCUGUGAAACUUGAUGUGGUCUUGGCUGGUGCAACAUGGUUAGAACCCGAUCCGAUAACUCGAUGCUACACUGAUGGGAAUUUGGUGACUGGAGCAGCCUGGCCAGCUCACCCCGAGUUUAUUUCUCAGCUUAUGGCGCUUCUCAAUAUCCGGGUGUCUUUUUAGUCGUGAAUGUCAAGUGUUUGCAACUUGUAAUUUGUUUCUGAAGAACAAUUUCAAAGACGCGCAGCUUCCUGUGCGCUCAAUAAUGUGGUGAAUUUUCAUCAUAGCUUCAUUUAGUGGCAUGUCUUUUCUUACCUUCAUCGUAAGAGUCAUUUUGGUUGAAUUAAAUUCCCAGUUUUACCAA